UGCUCGAUGUAUGGCCAAACAAUAAUUUGUUUACGACUAUAUAGUUUAACACCAUUAGCACUCGUUUAGUUGCUUACAUUUUUCUUUAUCGACUCCACCCCUAGAUUGAUUAAAAUUUAAAACUAGUCUCACUAUUGAGUUAUAGAAAUUGUAUAUUAAUUCGUUCCUUUGUGUCUUUAAUCUAGUGCUCUUCAAUUCGUUACUUUUAUUGUAUUUUUGUUUUUUUUUUUCAUUAUAUUGCAAUCGCAUAAUAACGGUACCUCACCUGUCCAGUUUAGUGGGGCUUGUUUGGGUGAACACAAACACGGCCUGAUAGUAUAAAUACCAUGUUUUUAUUCUCAUGACAUUGUCCCUUUGCUCACGGUCGCAAUGCUUCGGUUUUUGAGUAGAAAACGGGGUCGGAAUGAUCCAAAAGCUCGAAACAUUAAAGCUGGGGCCGAACGUUUAAAUCCUCCAAACAAGCAUUGUAUGCAAUGCAGGGUUAUGCUUUUAGAUGGUACAGACCUAUGCAUUGAAUUAUCAAAAAAGGCUGUUGGAAGUGAUUUAUAUGAACAAGUUUUUUAUUCAUUGGAUUUAAUUGAAAAAGAUUACUUUGGUUUACAAUUUACUGAUGCUAAUCAUGUUCAGCAUUGGCUUGAUCCUACAAAAGCAAUAAAAAAACAAGUUAGAAUUGGACCACCAUAUACAUUUCGACUACGUGUUAAAUUCUAUUCUUCAGAACCAAAUAUGCUUCGAGAAGAGUUAACUCGCUAUCAGUUUUUUCUUCAACUGAAAUUAGAUAUCCACGAAGGUCGCCUUGAAUGUACUCAAAGUACUUGCAUUGAAUUAGCAGCCUUGGCUUUACAGUCUGAACUCGGUGAUUAUGAUGAAACAUGUCAUACUCCUGCUGUUAUAUCUGAAUUUAGAUUUGUACCAAAUCAAACUGAAGAUAUGGAAAUACAAAUUGUAGAAGAAUUCAAAAAAUGUAAAGGUCUAACUCCAGCUCAAGCAGAAACUAGUUAUUUAAAUAAGGUGAAAUGGUUGGAAAUGUAUGGAGUCGAUAAUCAUACUGUUUUAGGUAAAGAUGGAUGUGAAUAUGCUCUUGGUUUAACACCGACAGGAAUUUUAGUUUUUGAAGGCCUUCAAAAAAUUGGACUCUUUUUCUGGCCAAAGAUUGGAAAAUUGGACUUUAAGAAGAAGAAAUUGACUUUGGUUGUCGUAGAAGAUGAUGAUCAAGGGCGUGAACAAGAGCAUACAUUUGUAUUUCGAUUACACAAUGAAAAAGCGUGUAAACAUUUAUGGAAAUGUGCUGUUGAACAUCAUGCAUUUUUUAGACUUCGUGCUCCUGUUAAAGGUCCAUCUGCUAGACAAAAUUUUUUCAGAAUGGGUUCACGUUUUAGAUAUAGUGGCAAAACGGAGUUCCAAACAACUCAACUAAAUAGAGCAAGAAGAACUGUUCAAUUCGAAAGAAGACCAAGUCAACGAUAUGCAAGAAGACAGUCGCAUGUUUUAAGAGAACGACAAAAAGAUAAAACAGAAAAACAAAAAGUAGAAAAUGAAAAUGAAAAUGAGAAAACGGAAAAAAUUAAUAUUAUGGAUAAACCGCCAACUCCAAUCUUAGAUUCCAAAGAUAUUCAUCUUGAACCAACUUCCUCAUUGACCUCAAACUCUUCUGAUAUUGCUGAAGAUAGAUUGGAUUCAUUGUUAAAAAGUUUGAAUAAAGACACUCCUUUGAUCAACAACAAAAUAAAUGAAUCAAAUUCAGCUGAUAUAAUCAAUAAAACCGAUGGUAUUUUAUUUUACAUAGUAUAUUUAUAUAAAAUUAGUAUUAUUUAUUAUUAUAUUUUAUUAGAUUUUGGCAAAGAUCAAAAUCAGUCCUCAUCUCCAUUACCAAACAAUCGAAACAUUACAUUUAAUACUACUCCAAGACCAAUUCCUAAAGAACAUUUGAAAUGCAACAUUUUAAAAGCUAAAGUUGAAGAGGAAAUGAAGAAAUCUCCUUUGUCUUUGUUUGAUCCAUUAUCUAAAGUGACCAACUUGCAAGAUAAUAAUUUACUACAUAAUGGGGAUUGCAAUGUUAAUUCUAAAUUAAAUUCUUUUGGCAAAGAACAAGCAACAUUUGUAUCUGUUGGUGGAGACAAACUGACAUUGUCCCUUAAUGGUGGCAUUGCAACACCUGAAGAAACUAAACAACCAUUGGAUGAACAACCUACUUCUGAAACAUCUGUGUCUAAAGAGGACCGUAAAAGAUGUGCCACUCCAGUAACAGUGACCCAUUUCUCUUUUGGUGAAUGUGGGAAAUUAGAGCAAAGGGUGGUUUCUCCUGAAAGAAGUCCUACAGAAAGUAUGUCAAGCAUUUUGUCCUUACCAUUUAAUGCCACAUCUCCUACUAGCCCUCGUAACCCAUUUUCGGCAAAUCCGUUUAUUGGUGAUUCACAAUCAGUAACAAAUCCAUUCUUAUCGUCUUCAUCAAAUCCAUUUGCUGAUAAUGGUAUAAAAAAAGAUUCUACUAAUGAUGUCGAAGUUGCUGUUGAACCAAAUACUGGCAUAAAUGGUGUAACAAAUUCUAAUACUAAGGUAGUCCAAAAAAAUCAGGAACCUACUAAGAUGAAGCCUUUAAAUCAAAUUUCUCCUUGGCUAAUUAGUAGUGGUGCUGAGACUUCAUCAGGACCCAAAAUAAUAACCAGGAAGUCUGUAAUAACAACUCAACUUUAAAAAUGGUAUGUAUGUUAAAACUUCAUACUCAUCACUGUUAUAUCAGAAAUAAUGGAAAUACUAUUAAAAAUUAUGUUAUUACUUAAAUAUAUAUAUUCAAAAUAAAUUUGUGAUAGAACACA